UAUUAUCCAUUAUAUCACUACUCAUUGCAUUCAAUGGAUUCUGUGCUCCAAAUCAUAUCAACACAAAUGUUGGCAACAAUUUAAAUUCAAUAUUAAUUCUUCACAUUUAACAGUCAUCUCUUAAAACACACUAAAAAUGUAAUAUAAAGUACAAAAUGAUUGAAAAUCACAUGAAAAAAGUGAAACGUAAAGACGCGACGAUUCCGUUGCGAUACGGAUUGGAAGACAACUGGGAGUGGGAUAGCGAUGAUAAGUCUAACGAGGUAGUGCUGUGCGGACCCGAUAAGAGAACGGCUCACUUCCACCCGAAGUGGAGUAACGGGACUGCGGCCGUCCGCGCAUCCAAACCACUCAACCGAUCCUCUGCUCGCUUUUAUUGGGAAAUUGACAUUUGUGAUCGUAUAUUUGGCACAAGUAUGAUGUUUGGUGUGGCCACUAAACAAUCCAGACUUCAUGCCGACUCCUUUCUCAACAUAAUAGGCGAAGACCAGCACAGCUUUGGACUCUCACAUAAGGGUCUUCUGUGGCAUAACGGCCGGUGGCAGUCAUUCACCCGACCAUUCCGUGAGAACGAGUCCACAACCAUUGGUCUACUCUUUGACUCUAAAGAAGGGACUCUAACUUAUUUCAAAGAUGGCAUUUCUCUGGGCAUCGCUUUCACUGGACUUCAUUUAAUCCGAGAAGAGUUGUAUCCUAUCAUCAGCUCCACCGCAGCUAAGACUGAGAUGACUGUCAACAAUAUGCGGCGCGAGUAUUACAAUCUGCAGGACAGAUGCAGACAUGUUAUACUUAAAAGUCUCAACAGUGAGAGUGAUGUGAAAGAGCUAAACCUUCCGAACGCUAUUCAAAUGUAUUUGAGAACCAAUAGAGAAGAGCACAACAAAAACAGAUGUCAAGUGAGGGAACAACCGGUUAAUUGCCAUAAAAACAAUUCAAUUACCACUCAUUUUAAUCAUUCGAUGUACUCUUGUGUGGAUUCUCAUAACUUGUGGAACUUUUAUAACAAUUCAUCGAAAACACCAUUUCUAGAACUUUGAAACGUUUUACUUCAAAAUUGCCUCUUUUAGUGUAUUUCUGUUCACAUUAUUUAUUUCUUUACAUUUGUUUCGAAACUUAUUCUUAAACUUUUUUAUUACUUAAUUCUCUAAUUUAACUAAACGUUAUACAAAACAAUAUCACAAUAACUGUGUUAUUAAUAACCUAUAAUAUAGGGUAAAAUGUUUAAUUUAAGCCUCGAUUUGAUUCCAGUACUUAAAACUAUUUCUAAUUACUUUUGUAGACC